AAUUAAGUGAUUAUUGAAUUGUGAAGCAAAAAUUUUGGAAAAUUGAUAAAUGAUGGUUAGUUUAUAACCCUAAUUGGUAAUCAGCAGUUUAACACAAGUGAAUAGUGUACUUUACCGCCCCCCAAACUUCAAUUCGAAUUUGCCCAAUCUGUCUUCGAAUCCAAUAAAAUAAUAUUUACGCAAACACAUAAGCUCUGUUCAAAGAAAACUAGAAUUAAACGAUCAUGGAAGGAGAAGGAAGCUCAGAGAUAGAGACAAACACAGACUCUCUUGACAAUUCAAUAAUCUUCCACGUCAUCAAGAACACUGUAGGCUUCAUCCUCUACAUGCACCAGCAGAUCCCUUCCGUUUUGCAGGAUAUAACUCUGGAAUACGAUAGUUUAAAAGAGGAGUAUGAAGAGAUGAUGGCUGUUGCACAAGCUGAAGCCAAGGCGUCUACUAAAAGAAAACAUAUUAGUAGAAUGAGAGAGGUUAGAAUUGGGAUUAAGAGAUUUGACAAGUUGAUUAGUACAAUUACUGGGCUUGAAACUGCAUUACAGCUGAUAAUUAGUGGAAUUCCUGGCUUAGAGAGUUUCAUUUUGAUUCUUGGAGCUAGUCCAUUACGGCCACAGCAAGUAUAUGAACUGAGCUUUUCACAUGGAAAUUCUCUUCCUGGUGCUCAUACUGAUUUUGCUAAAACUAAAGCAGCGGAAGGACUUUCAAGAAAGGUGAUUCGAGCUCUGAUUACGAAGGGUGCUGGCUCUGGUUCCUAUCCAGGUCCUACUAAGUUGUUUUUGUUGGUGAAAGCUCCAUCUUCUUUCCAUUUUCCUUUGCAAUUUCUACCAAAACGUGACUUCAGAUAUAGUAAAAAGAUUGUGCCAGUCAAAUUGCGAGUCAAGUGCAAAAGCCAAAAUCUGCAAAUGGAUGCUCCUGAUUAUGCUUGUCAAAAGUGCAGUUCCAUCAGCUCAGGGGACUCUGCUUCGCAUGAGUUAAUUUGGUUUCAAUGUCGACAUGUUAUUAAAGGCCUGGCGUUCAAGACUCCAACAGAAGAGUGAAAGAAAGUAAAGUUCAUCAUCUAUGUAUAGAGCCCAUUUGCUGUCAACUCCGCUGUAGCUUCAUUUAAAGGUCUCUUGCAGUUUUCAAAGGUUGAAAACAAGUUAAUCAAUUUAAUUUGCUCAUGUACACUAGGGCAUCCUUUGCCAGGCAUUAGAUAUCAUGGUCGCUGGUCAGUAGUUCUCAAACGAUUUUCUCUAACCAUUAAAAUUGAAUGUACCACUUAAACUUUACUGUUUUAAGUUCUUUAUUGUUUGAUGUUACUAGUAUAGGAGUAACAUAUUUAUUCCCUGUUGGUCUAUUUCUAACUCUAAAGGUGCUCUCCUCUAAUGUAUGACAAGCAAUCAUGAGGGAAUUAAUAAGCAAUCGUAAAUGUGAAAUUGCUUUUGUAUUGCUUUAUA